ACUUCGCAACGAGCCACUCAUGGAUGGUGACGUCCUGGAGUCCUCGGCUCUCGUGGGCAAAGCUUCUUGGUUCCUCAAGUGGGCUUUCUUCGGGUGCUCCUUCCUCUCCAUCGUCGAGCUGUUGCAGAGGCCCAACUUGGCGCCCAGGCGACCAGUGUGCUUCACACUUUGCGACUUGGGCUAUCUGGUUUGCAACGUCAUAGCACUCGUUGCGCUCGUCUUCGUCAACGUGCUUGUUUUCAAUGAAACCACGGAAGCGGCCGUGGGAUAUGCCACCGCCGUCGCACUCGUGUGGCUCACAAUCAGCGCUGUCAUGCAGCGUUGCAAAGGCAUGAGCGCCUCCAACCUUCUCUGCGCAUUGCACGCAAUUUACUUCGUCGCCUCAUUGAACGACUUCUUGCUUAGAAAAGACCUGACUUCUGCUCAAGAAGCUGUCUACUGUAGUCCGGAUGAGUUGUCGUUGGCGACCACGUCGUGCUUACUGCUAAUGGUUGCCGCUCUGGGGAGCUUCCUCUGCGCAUUUUUUCGAAGCAGUCCCGUUUAUGACAAGGAUGAUAUUGAGGUACGAUGUAGUGCGAGUGAAGAAACGUUUUCACCUUUUGGUAAGGUCGUAGGCAGUGCAGCAUAUCGGCAUAUAAUCAACGCUGGCCUUCGGUCCAGGACAGUGGAGAGCGACAUUCUUCCGCUUAUACGAAGGAUAAAAAGCCGACUUCUUGUACGCCAUUUACGUUCUUCGCUGCAUAAAUGGACGGGACAGAAUUCCGGAUUCCACGUUUUAUGCAGCUUCGUACGCGUACUGUGGUACGAGGCUCUCUGGGUGGUCCUUACAGGAUUCGCAUUCUUCGCAAAUUACAUGAUCCGGGUGCCGUUACUUGAGUGUCUGAUUGAAGACUUCGGCGGUCAGCCUGACAAAGCGUUGACAGUGCUCUUCGUGUCGACAUGUGUGGCAGAAGUGCUCCUCUCUGGCUUCAUGGAGUACGUAUCGCUGCGAUGCACCAUACAACUCAAGGCUCUCAUGCAAGCUGCGCUGUUCACAAAGAAGCGCGUCAACCAGCACCGGGACGAGCGGUUGAGGAAGAUGGCCGACACUCUCUCGUGCGUCCGGCUGGUCAAGUUCUACGCCUGGGAAGACACAGUCGUCCGGGUGAUCAACCGCUUCCGCGAAAGGGAGGGCUUCUUCGUCUUCCUCGCCAACCUCCUCGACGGCUUCAUCGACUCUCUGCAGAACUCUUCCAAUUCUAUGAUGACUAUAAUUCUCCUCGGAACGUUCGCAGCCGUUAAUAGGCCGGCUACACUGACAGCAGCGCGCUCCUUCUCCGCCCUCUACAUGCUGUCUAUCAUGGAUGUUGUGGUGGUGGGCAUGGCUUCAGUGCUCCGCAAUCGAAGUAUGGCGUCGGAAGGCUUGCGAAGAAUGGUGAAGACUCUCACUGCUGAGGAAGUGACCUUCGAAAGGAAUAACGACAAGCAGCCCAUUAACUCGAAAAAAGGCGCUGUGAUCCUCAGGAAGUGCUCAUUCGCUUGGAGCGGAAAGGACGGAGACCGAGAGCAGACACCUGGUGAGGAGAAGCCGGUAAUUUGUGACGUCAGCAUUGACAUCACACCAGGUGCCUUUGUCGGCGUUGCUGGACUCGUGGGAAGUGGGAAGACCGCACUUUUGGCAGCUGUACUCGGCGACCUCCGCUGCAUCGAAGGAGAUAUCCAUGUUGGCGGUAGUAUGGCUUAUCUGCCACAGACGGCUUGCAUCUUCAACAUGACUAUCCGAGACAACGUGCUCUUCGGCAAGCGCAUGGAUGCUGGCCGCUACUUGCGCGUCCUGGAAGCUUGUGACCUCACGAGGGAUCUCGAGCUGCUGCCUGCUGGAGAUCUUACGGAAGUCGGAGAGAAGGGCGAAACUCUGAGUGGAGGCCAGAAGCAGAGGGUGGCACUGGCACGUGCGGUGUACAGCGACAGCGACGUUUACCUCAUGGACGACACUCUCAGCGCGCUGGACGUGCACGUAGCCGCCAAAGUCUUUGCGCGGGUCAUCGGACGCAAUGGACUGUUGCAGGACAAGACUCGCAUCAUAGUUUGUAACCAAGGCGUGUUCUUAAGGCAUGUCGAACAGUUACUCCUGGUGUGGGAAAAAAGAGUGCUGCCAUUCCGAACUCUGCCUGAGCUGAUCAGCGACCGGAGGGCGCCGAAGACGCUGCUGUUCGGAAGCAGGCCGGGCUCAUCAGUCGCUGACAGGCGAGACAGCGGAUAUCACGAGGAGAUGAUGGACGAAAACGCCUUUUCCGGAAAGCUAACCGCAGAUGAAACACGAAAUAAAGAUUUAAGUACAGUCGAGCUGCUCCGGGCCCUGGUGACAAUGUCAGGCAUCUGCUUUCCUUUGGCCUUCCUUAGCGUCGUGGCGCGUGCAGUGGCCGUGGCAGUGUUCCUCUGCUGGAUCAAGAUGUGGACCGGACGCGGCCGGCACGCUGGACAACGGAGGCUACUCUUGGUGUUCGGCUCCCUGGCUGGCCUUCUGCUGGCGCUGUCCUUCCGGCGUCUGUCAUCACGUCUGCACGGUGCUAUGCUCCGGCGCGUGCUGCUUUGUCCCGUUUCCUUCUUCGAGGCGACCCCUCGCGGCAGAUUGCUGAACCGCUUCUCCAGCGACCUGAACUAUGUCGACUGCCAGUUCUACGUGACAACGAAAGAAGUGCUGCAGACUAUCACGGUGGUACUUGCGAGGCUGGCCGUCGUGGGAACGCAGGCUCUCACAGCUUGCCUCCUGGGAGUUGUCGCCACCGGAGUCUACCUUGUCAUUGUGACCGUGACCGUGCGGGCUUCCAACGUGCUUCGCUCCCUGGAGAGAGCGUGCGUGUCGGGCGUGCUGCAGCACCUGACCGAGACCCGAGACUCCAUGAGCAGCGUGCGCUGCUACGGUGCCGUGGCGCUGGUGUGCGGGCGCUUCUACCGCCUCCUGGACGGCGCCACGAGAUACUUCUGGGCGCUGGCCGCGGCCGUGCGCUUCACGCGCAUCGCCGGAGGAGUGGCGGGACUCUGCGCCCUGCUCACCUUGGUGCUCGUCAUGUUCUUCUCGACGGCGCCUCGGUCACCGAGUGGAGUCGGCCUGUCGCUCACUUCAGCCAUGUCGAUUCCGAUGCUACUGUCGGCCAUCAAUGCGUCGCUUUUCUUCUGUUUUAUGUCCUCUAUCGCAUUCGAGCGCGCAGUCGAGUACACCAGGCUUCCACCCGAGGACGGCUGUGAUGUGGAUGAAUUGCGGGCUGAGGGCGCAUCCAGUUUACACACUUCGUGGCCAGACCAGGGAAAGAUAGCGUUCGAAGAUUUCACUGCGUCUUACAAUCCCGGCAUCUGCCCGCCCAUCUUGAAGAGCCUCACUUUUGUUAUAGAAGCUUGUGAGAAGGUAGGCGUGGUCGGGCGCACGGGAGCCGGAAAGUCGUCCCUCAUUCUUGCCCUUCUGCGUGUACUGAAGCCUUCAGGAGGACGCAUCGUCAUCGACGGCAUCGACAUAUCUUCGGUUUCUCUUCAUCAGUUGCGCUCGGUCAUCACAGUUAUCCCACAGGAGCCGUACCUGAUGAAAGGAAGCCUGAGGGACAACCUGGAUGCUACGCAGAGUCACUCGGACGAAGAGGUCUGGGAGGCGCUGGCGAAAGCGCACAUGGCAGACUUCGUGUCCAAGCAUCCGCUAGGACUUUUGCUGGAGGUCGAUGACGGAGCUGAGAACCUCAGCGCCGGUCAGCGGCAGUUGUUGUGCCUGGCACGGGCACUUCUUCGCCGUCCGCGCAUCCUUCUGCUGGACGAGGCCACGUCGCACAUGGACGGCGACACUGACAGGCUGGUGCAAAGAACCCUGCGCGAUGGCUUCUCCAACUGCACCGUGCUGACAAUCGCUCACCGGCUGAACACUGUGCUGCACUGUGAUAGGAUCUUGGUGAUGAGCGAAGGCUGCGUCGCUGAAUUCGGCACCGUAGCGGAGCUUGCUGUGAACCCCAGCUCUAUUUUCGGCCUAAUGGCACGGACUGCAGGCAUUGACACUUCGUCGUUGCAAAACAGCGGUUAUUCCGUGCGCCUUUGAGCAACCGAGUCUACAGGCGGCAAGGAGUCAUCUGGAGGUGAAUGGAACCUGCAUCCCUCGGGCAUUACUUGGCACCUUACCUUGAACUCGGCACCUUUUGGGCAUUUCAAGUGCUCUUUAGGUACGACCAUGACCAAGGGACAAGUCCGUAUCAAGCAAUGUUAAAGAAAGCAGACGUACAGAUUCAAUGAAACACUAAUAAUGACAAAAAAUAUUCGUCUAAAAUAGACAAAAUUGAUGCCUAGAAAUCUCAACCUCAGUUAAGGCUAAUUAGUUCAUAGCUCUAAAGGUUAUGUAAGUGGCGCAAAAAAAAAAAAAAAGCGACGACGGAAUUUACGAGCCACAAAUAAAAUACGCACACGUGUGCCAACUGUCCACGCUGACUCGUUGCUUAAGUGAUGGGAGCGUGCAAGGGGUUGACUACACGAAUAUUCUUUUUCGCGACGUGGGGGCUAUACUUAUGCAUCCGCAAGACAAAUGACUGCGCGGACGCCUGUGCAGUGUACAAUAAUGAUGCAUCCCAGCCGGCUGCGAAAGUAUACACACGACGAACGAGGCAAGUAGAAGAUACAGCCGAAAAACACUACUCUAGUCUCAGCAGCUUCUCAAACGCUAGCAGCAGACUGAUUUGGAAGUAACGUUAAGAUGGGGAGCUAGCGAUGGCUGUUGGUUAUGUCUGAAGUGGACUAUGACGAGUAUUUGCUCUGAUCAUAAUGAUCGAAGAAGAAAGCAUACAGCACUUGUCGCCAGACUUACAAAUGAUUCUUGACGAAAUACACGGUGUUCAAUAACCAGAAUCCGGAUGGGGGAAAUAGCUCAGCAUUUCACGUCCGUGUAGGACGUGAGGCAGUAAUCCGUCGUCCGGCACGAAACAUAUGUAUUUGUUCCGUAUUUUGGAUACACUAUUAUCAGUAUUACGUAGCCUACCGGUAGACUUGCGCAAUAAUAAAUAAAAAGAAAGGUGGUGAUUUUUCUUUUCAGAGCUACAUCUUUUUAAAGGCAACAACAGAAAAACAACUUUCUUCCGAUCGAUGUGCAGCUAUUUUCUCGAGCACGAGAUACAGCAAUUUGGCCAUCGUUCUGGCUAUUUCAAUAAGAACACUUUAAAUACUUAGCAUUGAUAGAACUUGGUGCAAUUUCACGUAUCUUUGAUAUGACUUCAUUUAUUGUGAAAAUGAGCAACUCCUAAGCAUGUGUCACACUUAUCGUUGUCCCCAACUCAGUGACACCGUGGAGGAAAAAAAUAGUGCUCUAAUGGGCUUUCUUAACACUAUUGUGUAUACAUGCCGAUCCCUCACAUGGGCAAUAGCAUGAAUAAUAAUAAGAAAAACGAGCGCAUAAAGGAGAGUUUGUCAACAAAGACACAAUGCUGCGAGAUGACUUGAGAAUUUCGCUAUGAAUUGACGUUUCAACAGAUGCUCACGAAAAGCUUCACGUGCGCUUCAAGCGUCGUCAAGUGCCGCCUGUAUGAAGCAACCAGGGACGUGAUAAGGGAACAGUUCUCUUUCAAUCCUAUUUAUUUUCACGCUUCUUGAGUGGGGCAGAGUGGGUCCGCCUACGACAGCUCCAGCACCUGCCAAUCGUAAGAAGUUGGUAAUGCGAAAGAUACAGAAUCACGCGAAAUCUUCCCACUACACCACUUUUGCAAUAUACAUUAGCAAUUUUUUUCUUGUGCUUGACAUAUUUGAAGGAGUGCAAAUCUGACUUUAAAAGGGCCCUGACCUUGUAGGUCAUCACAGCAAAAUCUGCACCUUUCCGAUUUAAAGGUAUUGCAGUACAAAUUAUCAAUUAUCUCGCCCAUCGCUAAGUUAUAGUAUAGCCACUUUGUAUUCCCUAUGAAUAAAGUUGUGUUGGGUAAAUUUCAGAGGACGCUGGAGCAAUGCAAGGACAGUCCAUUUCUGCAGUGAGGCGUAGUGCCGGACGCUAUGCGUCCCUCAAAAGUGAUAACGUAUCUAGGACGGCCAAUCGGGCGAGUUGAGUACUUAUCCGUGGUAGCAGCGCAUGGCAAAACAAGGACAAAAAAAAAAAAAGGUAAACGGGCAAGCGCUUGUCCCGUUUAUUUAUUUUCUGUGCCCUCGUUUUGCCAGGUGCUGCUACCAUGGAUACUAAGGGAAAAUAUCCCCAGAAGGCACUGCCUGCUUUGGCUCAAUUGAUCGAGCGACUGUUGUGGAAAUGCGGUGGUGCCGAGUUCAAUUCCCGGACUAGGACAAAUUUGUCUUCAGCUACGAGGCUUACACCACCAUCUGCAUAGAAACGCCUUCCCGGCUGUUGUGCGCUGGUUAUUUAGCUCAAGUGUUAAGUACUGUGGUGACAGGAGUGCUCUCCAUAGCCGGCAGAGAAGAAAAUACUGGUAUCGUUGUCAGUUCCAUUGGGCUGGGGGAACACCUCGCCGAUGGUCUCAAAAGCGAAAGUAUCGCGGAUGAUAUCAGACAUGCCGGCUUUGUUGAAAAACUCAUGUUUGCCUAGUUGAAGGCCCUGCAUGCUACUGGGUGAAAGAAACUAUAUGCAGUAAUGAAAAUCACACAGACAUGUGCACCAGACGCAUCCACGGACAUACACCUUAUAAGCAGCCCGGAUGCACGAGAACUAUUGUCUGAAGUAUUACUUGAGGUGUAUGGCGUGCAUAGUUUCGAACACUACACCGUCCGGUACGAUAUCGUAGUUUUCGGCUUUCCCCGUGACCUGGGUUGUCCUGGGACGUGACCUGGGACGACCCAACAUUUUUUCUAAUGUUAGUGGUCGUCUAUUCGAAGCUUGUAGCUGUGCCGAUAGUUUCUUACGGUGAUCGUCUUAUUAAUGCUAAUUCGAUUAGUGUUUAUUAGUAACUUCACCUAGUUUGCGCUAUGUCUGUCUGUUCAUGUGACCGUUUGUCAGUGCCUAUACCGUUUUCCCGCUAACUUGGGUCACUGGGUAGAGCAUCGCGCUGCUGCGCUGAGGCAACGGGAUUCGAAACAACUUGGGUCACUGGAUAUCUAACACUGGGUGUGUGUCGCUCUUCAAAGCGCCUGCACGAGCAGCAGUGGAAACUCGAAGAGGAACAACAUCCCUCUUUACGUUAUAGUCAUUAACAUUGCACAUCACCACAUUCGUCUGCUGUGCCCCGUAAGUAUAAUCUGCGAGAUUCUGCCCAGCUGUACUAUAAGUGUACAUUGGCCAAACUGGCCACUGCCACAAGCAGCAGCGGCAGCUCGAAGUGAAAGAAGACUGCCUCCGGCUGCAUAGACGCUUUAUACGUACUAUCGGCCAAAGAAAGUUUGCGGAUCACAGGAUCUCAGAAAACGCCAAAUAUUCGAGCAGCCUUUAAAAGUAGCCAGUAAAGCCGUAUAUCACAUUGUUGUUCGCACGUACCAGUAGAGGCUGGAAAUGGGAAUACCAGGUUGCGUUUUGAGGCUGCGGAGAUAUUCAGCUUUUUUUCAGAUCCCUUCGUCCGUAAACGUUUUUUGGUUGAUAGUACAUGACGCGUUUCAACGGUGUAAAUACGAGGUGCUGCUACAUUGCGUCGAUGCUAAUCAAGAUAACCUCGACAUUCAUCGUGAGAUGGGUUCUGCCGGAAGUUUUUUUUUUCUCUCUUACUUUUUUUCUUCUUUUUUUACCGUGUAGAAGAAGGUGCUCUGUAUCUACGUCAGCCUCUUCACAGGAUCCUAUAGCGCUGUCAGUUUUCGUAUUUUGUACUAGGCUGUACCUAACCGAAGUCUACUUACUUGCUGUUUGGACAGACCUGCUGGUUUUAAUCGGUAUACUGAGUUGUAUGGCGUGGCCUAUAUUAUAAAAUGGGAAUUCCUCCGUAAUAUUUACGAACCACGUUUGCUUAGACAAUCGAUCGCAUAUUUUUCGACACAGCUUAUAAGCUACGCUCUCUAGGUAUGCCGGUAUACAAAGAAUGCCAAUGUAGAACUUUGAUCCCCACACAAACCACCGCUAUAGGCGUGGAUGCGAUCCCCGUAUGUAGUGUCGAGAUAGGCAAAGUUAAUUGUUUGCCUACAGUCGCAGGCAUGCCACGCUAACGAGCUAUUCCAGGAAUCGAUGUGACAAUUUCAGGUAUUGGGACUAGCCAGGAGGAUUGCGAAGCGCUUACCCGCCGUGAUUGCUCAGCGGCUAUCUGAGCUAUCUGAACAA